GCUGCGUGCAUGGCUUGGCGCGCGGCCGUGCCGGAGCUACAGGACCAACUACAGUGCCCCAUUUGCCUGGAGGUCUUCAAGGAGCCUCUGAUGCUACAGUGCGGCCACUCCUACUGCAAAGACUGCCUGGACUCCUUGUCCCAACACCUGGACUCCGAGCUGCGCUGUCCCGUGUGUCGUCAGUGGGUAGACUACAGCAACUCCCCACCUAAUGUCUCCUUGGCACGGGUGAUCGAUGCCCUGAGGCUCCCGGGGGACGCAGAGCCCACCGUUUGCGUCCACCACCGGAACCCUCUCAGCCUCUUCUGCGAGAAAGACCAGGAGUUCAUCUGUGGUCUCUGCGGCCUGCUGGGCUCCCACCAACACCACCGAGUCACACCAGUCUCCACCGUCUACAGCCGCAUGAAGGAAGAACUCGCAGGCCGCAUAUCUGAGCUGAAGGAGGAGCAGAGGAAAGUGGAGGAACACAUUGGCAAACUGGUGAACAACAGGACCCGGAUUAUUAAUGAGUCCGAUGUCUUCAGCUGGGUGAUCCGCAGAGAGUUCCAGGAGCUGCAUCACCUGGUGGAUGAAGAGAAAGCCCGCUGCCUGGAGGGGGUAGAGGGUCACACACGUGGCCUGGUGGCCUCCCUGGACAUGCAGCUGGAGCAAGCCCAGGGUACUCAGGAGCGACUGACCCAGGCUGAGCAGGUGCUGGAGCAGUUCGGUAAUGAGAGUCACCAUGAGUUCAUCCGGAAGUUCCACACCAUAGCCUCCAGGGCAGAGGUCCAGCAGGCCCGGCCUUUGGAAGGCGCGUUCAGCCCGAUAUCCUUCAAGCCAGGUCUCCACCAGGCCGACAUCAAACUGACGGUGUGGAAGAGACUCUUCCGGAAAGUUCUGCCAGCUCCAGAAUCUCUCAAGCUGGAUCCAGCUACUGCCCACCCUCUCCUGGAACUCUCCAAAGGCAACACAGUGGUACAGUGUGGCCUCCUCGCCCAGAGACGGGCCAGCCAGCCUGAGCGCUUCGACUACAGCACCUGUGUCCUGGCCAGCAAGGGCUUCUCGUGGGGUCGCCACUACUGGGAGGUGGUGGUGGGUAGCAAGAGCGACUGGCGCCUGGGAGUCAUCAAGGGCACAGCCAGCCGCAAGGGCAAGCUGAGCAAGUCCCCAGAGCAUGGCGUAUGGCUGAUAGGCCUGAAAGAGGGCCGCGUGUAUGAGGCUUUUGGCUGCCCAAGGCUGCCGCUGCCUGUGGCCGGCCAUCCCCAUCGCAUAGGCGUCUACUUACACUAUGAGCACGGGGAACUCACUUUCUUCGACGCCGACCGCCCCGAUGACCUGCGGAUACUCUACACCUUCCAGGCUGACUUCCAGGGCAAGCUGUACCCCAUCCUGGACACGUGCUGGCAUGAGAGGGGCAGUAACUCACUGCCCAUGGUACUGCCCCCACCCAGUGGGCCUGGACACCUCACACCCGUACAGCUAUAGGCUGCCCGGGCGCGGUCUGCCCGUUGGCCCAUCCUGCUAGACACAGGAAUCUGAGGGGUUCUGCUGGUCUUAAAAGACAGUUUGGACUGCUUGAGAAGUUUCUUCACACCUGCACAUCCCUGGAACAUUUCUAGAAGGGAAUAUAGGCCCCUCCCCACCACCUAGGGGUAUGCGUAUUACCUUCCACCUUUCCAGGUCCUGUAUCCACUCAACCUGAGCAACCCUGUCCCUCCCAACUCUUCCAGCAGAGGAUAGAAACAGUCCCACACAUACUUAAUUCUUAUCAUUGGACCCUUCAAACACCUAUUAAAAACAAUAAAUU